GUGAGAGCGCGCACGCGUGCGCCGCUCCGCCCGCUAGCCCCCGCUAGCUCUCGCUAGCCCGACCUCGCCCGCCGCUACCGCCCGGCACUGCCGGGAAUGGAGGCCUGCGCCAUCACACCUGCCGAGGACCUUGUGGGCGACCAGAUUGUCCCGGGCGGCGGCCGUUGGGGCGCACCUCCAUCCAGCGGCAUCCUCGACCCCUGGUGCCAGAUGCAGACAUCAGAGCUGGAGUCGCUGCUGUGCAAGCAAGAGGGCGCCUCGAUCGCGCCCGCCCCCAUGGACCUAUUCGAUGGCGGUCCAUCUUCCAGAGAGGAUGCAUUCCGGCCCGCACUGUGGGAGGACAUAGCCUCUUCAAUAAGAAACAUCGACCCGGAGAAUGCAAACAUGCUCGCGCCGCUCGGUGCAACCCACGUCAAACUAGAAGCUGAUGACCCCUUAUUAGAGGAAUGUGCCACGCCACUCCUGAGUCCGCUUGAGAUCAAAACGGAGAGACUAUGUGCGCCCCCUACAUAUGCCCUUCCGCCCCAUCCUCCUCAGCACCAGGUGCAUGUACAGCCGCCACCUUCCUUCGCCAAGUACCCGCCGUCGAGAUUGGUGUAUAUGGCACCACUCACUCCCCCCGGCUCCGACCAAGGCAGUCCAGGGAAUAACAUGCAGGGUGGAACAAGACGGACGCCGCCACCGCCCUACCAUCCGCCGCCGUUGCUGCGUGCACCUCACGUGCCUCACGCGCCUCACCCGUCGCACGCACCUCACGGGACCCACGGGACGCAUGGGACACACGGAAGCCAUGCAAGCCACGCGAGCCACGCACCCCACACCUCACACGUACCUGCCCAUCCUUCAGCGCAUAGUCAUCUACAUCCACAGGCGAUGUCACAGAUGCAAAUGGCGCCACAGCAGUCUGCGCAGGCGCACACCGCCCCAUUACCACACUCUCGUCUAGAUCCCCCGCCACCUGUCAAAUACAAUCGCCGGAACAAUCCAGAAUUAGAAAAGAGACGAGUCCACCACUGCGACUUUAUUGGUUGUACAAAAGUUUACACGAAAAGUUCGCACCUGAAAGCUCACCAACGUAUACAUACAGGUGAAAAACCGUAUACAUGUCAAUGGCCGAACUGCGAAUGGAGAUUUGCGCGGUCCGACGAGCUAACACGUCACUACCGCAAGCAUACUGGUGCUAAACCCUUCAAAUGCGCGGUGUGCGAUCGCUCCUUCGCCAGGUCUGAUCAUCUUGCACUCCACAUGAAGCGGCACCUGCCGAAGACGUCCAAAUGACACGCAAGGAGGGGCGGAGAACAGCCGCCCGCGCCUCCUCCUCCUCAGGAGGCUUAUAAUGAAAACAUCUUUCUUGAGUGCGAUCUGGAUUCAAGUCUGAUGGAUACCAUCUACGGUGUACAGUGACUCGGGACAAAUCGUAUCAGAACUCAAGGCCUCACACUUCGGGCUGACUCAAAUGGAUUAGUACAAGAGCGAACUUGCUUCAAAAUAUACAGAUCUUUACCAAGCUUCGUUUAGAUUGCUUUUAAAAGUGUAACUUAUUUUAUUAAUGUCUUAAGAUUUUAUGAAUUAAGACAAUAGUGAUGGAAGAUUACUUAUCACGGAAUACCAGUUAACCAAUACGUAUUUUAAUAUAAUCGUUUAAAAGCACAAUAGGUACAAUCAUUACCAAGGAAAUCGCUUUACAAACAAAUGUAAUUAUAAAUUAUUAGUGCAGUCAUCUAUUAAGCAACAUAACGUUAAAAGUAUUUUAUAAAUUUCUAUAUGUACAUUAAAUAAAUAUAAUUUGUAUUACGCGACACCUUGCAAAAUAACGAAUUGUUUCUAGCAUCACUUAUUUUCAUAGUUUGAAGUUAUAAAACAAAAUCUAUAACACCCUCUGUAGUCAAUUUUAUAAAUCUCAUUUUUAAUAAUCUGUGUACAUGUUAAAAAAAUCUUAAUUGUUACUUAAAAUGUUUGCUCACUGUGAGCAAUGGUGUCGCGAGAAAGUUCGAAAGAGCUCUAAGUAUUCAUUAGAUAUGAUUAAUUUAUUUUAAGCUAAUUUAAUUUUAAGGAAAUCAAAUAUCUAAGAUAUUAUUGAUAUUUUUUAUUUUUUAAUUGUAAUUAAAAACAUUAACUACUUUAAAAAUUAUAGAUGUAAUCGUACAGUCGCGUUUUCGGAUCUUACGACCUGGGUUGUGAAAUGUAAUUUAUUUAGAAAUAUCAAUUAUUUAUUGUAUUCACUUUUUUAUAACUAACCAUUCUAUAUUUGUGUUUAAACGAAUAGAUAAAUUGAGUGUGUAUUCGUAAACACAUAUCUUUGGUUCUAUUUGAAAAGAACAGAUAUAACACGAAGUUUAUAUACGAUUUUUUCUCAAUACAACUCACAAUUAACUUUAUUCAGGUCGUUGAAUUCGGAAUCGCAUAUUUACACUAUCUAGUCUCGAUAUAAUUCAAUCUUAAAAUAGUUAAAAAGUACAUUUAAAUACAAUUGUUCUGUAUUCAAUUAAAAUAAUUAUCAAAGCCGAUUAAAACCAGACCUCUGUUUAAGAUAAAAGAAAUAAAAAAAAAAGUUUGUUAUAGGAAUUAUAGCUGAAUAAUUAAGGGAUUUAGAAUGAAAAAGCAACAGCCUUUCAGUAUCCGUCCACGGCCGUGAGUUUUCCAAAAUAGUGUAUUCGUACGUUUUCAAUUUUGUAAUUCAGAAUGGUAUAUAAAAUUUGCCAUAUUAAUAGUCACUAGUGGUUUGUAAUUAAGUAUUGCUUACUAUUUUUUAUAUUAGCAACUUUCGAAUGUCUUAUUAGUCAUUAUUAAUAAUAUCGGUGCCUUUAUAACAAGGUGCAUGUUUUAUUAUACAUUUGAGGCAGUAAUAAAAAACUGCAGAAAAUAUAUUAACUUGCAUGGUUUGUCGUGUAUUUGAAACAGAUGUCGCGAGAUUGGUUCUACUUUUUGUUAUGUUUACAAUAAAAAUUGGAGUGAUUUAAUAAAAUAUUUAUCUAGGAGUGUAUGUUUCCUAAGAUGCUUUCAAUAUUGUUACAAAUUGAUAAAAUUAUCUUCAAAUUUGAAAUCCUUUAACUAUAUUUUGUUUAAAAUUAUUAAUCGAAAUUCAGUGAGGACGAUCUAUAAAAGUAAAAUAAAAUAAAACCAGGGUUUCUUUUUAAUUAUAAUUAUUUUAUUAGUCGUUUUCAAACUACAUUGUACAUAAUUCUACUUUUAAUAAUCUUCAUGCAAAAAAAAAUGUUUUAUCAAAAAAAUCAGCGUGACGUAACUUUAAUCAGUAUUUUCAGAUAGAUUUUGUGUUAUUUUUAACACAAAAUUUAUGAAAUGGAAGAAAUUAUAUUUUAACUAAUACUGAUUCUCACAAAGUACGAGUACUGUUGAAUUUACACAUAGAUCUUGCCAAUCUACUUUGCAUUUAAUCAUGUUAUUUAGAAUUGUAUUAAUAUUACGAUGAUUUUAAAUAUUAUAAAAUUGUAACACUUUCCCAGAAUUUAACAAAUUAUGGUCAAUGUAAACUUUUCCAUAUCCGAGAACCAAAGUGUUAACUUUCGUUUCCGAAAUAAAACAUAUUAAUUUCCUGUAAAUUCAAUUUAAAGAAAAGUAUUCAAGGAUUUUGAAUGUAAAGUUAAAAAAAAUUACAUCUGAACUAGAAAGGUGGUAAAAACUAUAUUUAUAAUUAAUUAGAUGUUUAAAAUAGACUCAUAAUAUGAACAGAUUAAAAUAUUAUAUGACGAUAAUUGCCAUAAAGUUGUAAAGUUGCCAUAUUUCAUAAUAAUCUUAAUUAUAAUUUAACUUUUACAUAAAGACAGUAUGUUGUCUUCCUGUCCGUUGUACCUCACUUUCUUUACUCGCUCGUUUAUCGUAUGUAUUGUACAUACUUAUGUAAUUUUGUUUUAUUUUUAAUUUUACGAUUGUUUGUAUCUUUUUCAAUUAGGUUGUUUAGUUUUAAGUACGUAGUUGUACGCGUUGACUAAGUCACCAUGAUAAUUUAUUACCAAUGACAAGUUUUUAAAUUCUUUUUUUUUUAAUUUUAUAUAUUUUUUUUGUAAAGUUCUAAGGUUAAAUGUUGAUAUAUACGCAUGUAGUAAGUAUGGAUUCACAUUAUGGUGUUUUAAGAUAUAUGUUAAGAUUUGCCAGAUGUGUGAUUUACUAACAUUUUUUGACACUUAGAUAUUUUUGUGUUACCUUUGUCGAAAAACAGCUUGCCUAUUUAAAUACAAGAUUGUUUAGAUUCUGUA